GGUGGCCGUGCCCCCGGACUGUUGUCUUUGUGUUGCUCCUGGCAACAGCUACUUCCGGGGGCGCGUGCCGUACCCCCCACACCGGAACCCGGGAGUCUUGGGUUCCGGCUUGGAGAGGCGGUUAGUUGGUGGGUCCCGCUGUGCCCUCGAGCCACCUGGGGCCGCGCACCUGGACCUCCUCGCCGCCUCGGCGAGGCCGGCGGAGCCGCUAUGGUUCUGCUGCACGUGAAGCGGGGCGACGAGAGCCAGUUCCUGCUGCAGGCCUCGGGGAGCACGGAGCUGGAGGAGCUCACGGUGCAGGUGACCCGGGUCUACAACGGGAGGCUCAAGGUGCAGCGCAUCUGCUCAGAAAUGGAAGAAUUAGCAGAGCAUGGCGUGUUUCUCCCUCCUAACAUGCAAGGGCUGACGGAUGACCAGAUCGAAGAGCUGAAGUUGAGGGACGAGUGGGGUGAAAAGUGCGUGCCCAGUGGCGGAGCCGUGUUUAAGAAGGACGACAUCGGACGCAGGAAUGGGCACGCUCCAAAUGAAAAAAUGAAGCAAGUUUUAAAGAAGACUAUAGAAGAAGCCAAAGCAAUAAUAUCUAAGAAACACGUGGAGGCCGGCGUCUGCGUCACCAUGGAGAUGGUGAAGGACGCCCUGGACCAGCUGCGCGGGGCAACCAUGAUUGUGUACCCCAUGGGCCUGCCACCCUACGACCCCGUCCGGAUGGAGCUGGAAGACAAAGAGGACCUGGCGGGCACUCAGGCAGCGCUGAGCGUCAUCCCUGAAUCGGAAGCGCAGCUGUGGUGGGCGGCCAAGGAGCUGCGGAGGACGAAGAAGCUGUCGGACUACGUGGGCAGAAACGAGAAAACCAAGAUCAUUGUCAAGAUCCAGCAAAGGGGACAGGGGGCGCCGGCCCGGGAGCCCGUUAUCAGCAGCGAGGAGCAGAAGCAGCUGAUGCUGUAUUACCACAGGCGGCAGGAGGAGCUCAAGAGGCUGGAGGAAGACGAUGACGACGCCUGUUUGAACUCCCCGUGGGCGGACAGCAGCGCACUGAAGAGACACUUCCACGGCGUGAAGGACAUCAAGUGGAGGCCGCGGUGAGCGUGCAGCGCGCCGGCGGGCACG